AUGCGGAACAACCGCCAACCCCGGGCCCUGCCUCCCCAUCAAGAACCGGUGCAUCGGCAGGAACCCAACAUUCACGCAACUCGGCAUCCCCAUGUUGGGGUGAAACCUGCCGACCACGAUCCCCCGUGUGCGCUUCAGAGCCUCACCCAUUGUCGUGGUCGUGCGCGGGGAACAAAGACACGACACGAGGCCUAGGACCGGGAAUGGAGUCCGACACGGAAGAGGGGAAAGAGGAGGCGGGAAAGAGUGCUUCGAGAAGGGACAACAGGUCGCAGGCUGCUGUCUAGAUGCUGCUCCGCCCCGCUCAAUGGGUAAUCCCCCCGAAGGAGGAAUGUCGAAUGUUAGCAAGCAAUAAGCAGGGCGGUGGGGGUGACCGAAGUGGAAGUGCAAUUGACGCCCAGUCCGGCUGUCGGCGCUGCAGUGGGGUUGGAGUAGCGGUAGUGGUAGGAGUAGGAGUGGUGGGGAGUAUGUGCAUGUCAGGGUUGAGGUAGAAAUGGGGGUUGUGCAAGCUGUCACGGCUUUUCCUUUGUUUG